UUACUCUGUGAUUUUACUCACUUUUGAUAGGUUUAAUCUUGAUUUUUUAUCUUGAUAUAUUAAUUUGAAAAUAUAUUCAACGUCCAAUAAUAAAUUAACAGUGUCAUAAGCAUAUUUAAACUACAAAUAAAAUACUUAUGUUAAACAAAGAAAAAUAAAUACCGUCCCAACAUGGAUGACCAGGCUAAAUCACUAAAGUAUUUAGUGUCGGUAGAAAAGUUGGCGGAUGAAAUUUUAAGCGACAGACGUGAAAUAGUGUUAUUGGAUAAGAGAAGAAAUCAGAAUCGUGAAGCAUUAAGAGAUCUCACUAAGACAAAUCAAAAGCAGUGCUGGGUUACUGUUGGUUCAGUACUUGUUAAACAUAACAUUGAAGCUACCAAAGCAUUGUUGGAAGCUGAUCAGAAGCAACUUAACAUAGAUAUAAAUAAGCUGCGUAGUAAUCUUAAAGUUAAAGUUAAUGAUUUAAGGGAUUUGGAGAUGCAGCCACCUGUACCAGGCUUAAUGUUAGUGCCAAUGUCCAAUAAAGAAACAGAAGCCUUUUCAAGAGCAGGACUUAUAAAGUACUAAUGCAAUGCAUUGAAUGGAACCACUAAAUUUUAUGAUAUGCUAUCUACAGAAAAUGCUGAUUGGGAUAUUGAAGAAAUUACUAAAAUACCA